GCAACUUCCAGCCCAUCUAAACCCUAAAACACACGCAGGUGUUUUGUAGGAGCUCUAAUCUCAUCUACACACGGGAAACAUAAAGUAACGAGCCCAAGACCGGAGCGACGUCACGCACGGAGAGGGCGUCGAUCGGUGACGCUGCGGCGUUUACCGAGAGAGGGGAGCUCCAGAGCGCGUGUGGACCGUCAGCCUGUCCGGAACCGGAGGGAGGGAGAGCAGCAGACAUCCGGUACCGGUGUCCCGUUCAGGUCCCUCUGAGAUGUAAGAUGAGAGCCUCUGCGCUGAGGCUGAACAGCUCGGGGAGACCUCAGAAAGAAACUCUCACGAUUUACCCGGAGGACAUGUCCACGAUCGCGAGUCCCACCAGUCCGUCCUCACAGCUGACUUCAGAUCAGCUCACAGUGCUCGCUGCGUCCUUUUCUUCUGUGUUCUUUGUGGUUGUUGUCGUGCUGAUGUCUAUAAUUUACCGCAAGGAUUCUCAGUGCUGUAAGCAUCGCUCCUAUCAGGAACCAGAUAUGGAUACUCCUCCUCAGUACUACAGCAGCAGACAGACCCUGGUGGGAUCCGUUUGUUUGGAGCAGACUCAGAUAGUCGAUGACAGCAACACUCAGCAGUCAGGUGAUCUGUUCUACGUCGGCCUGCCCUCCAGCUACAGCCUGCCCGCUCUGGAGGCCCCCCUGCCCAGGCUCCCCUCUUACGAGAGCGUCCGAAAGAAAGACCGCCAGAGGCAGAUCCACAUGAUGAUCGCAGACCGUUUUGGUCUCAAUGGACCCAUUGUGUCUGAGCCUCCGCCAACGUACGAGGAGAGCAUCCGUCCGUCUGUGGAGCUGCCGUACAACAUCCUCUCAACGAGCCUCAACGUCUUCCCUCAGAGUUUCUACACCAGCGUUCCACCCGGCGUAGAUCAUCGGGUCAGCUCUGCAGCCAGCAGCGCCGUCCCACCAGCUGUAUGACGCUGUGAUCAAGUCCUCCAGCUGCCUGGUGAGCACAAAGGGAACUUUUCAGGCUCAGGAAAUCAGCUCACGGUCCCGAUUAAACUUUCUUAUACCAUCUUCUGAUGGUGAAGCAGAGGGGAAACCAAAGAUGUCAUCGUAGUUACUGCAGACGACCAAGAUGAUGAUAAACACCCGAAUGAAGGUGGCUGGGACAUCUUUAGCAGGCGUGAAUGAGACUACAGGACAAAGGCGACCAUUACCACGAGGAUUUUGCUCAUGAACGUUUUUUUGAUUCUCAGAUGUGGUACAGCCGUACAGCAGGCGCCUUCAUCCGGUUGUUAUGGCAACAGAGAGAGUAAGCAAGGUGCUAAUUUUAUGCAGAAUAAGUUCACAUCAGUUACAACUUGGAUCUCAGAUUUGAUCAUUUCAAACCUUAUUUUGUCUUUUUUCUGCUUUUUGUAUCGACUUCUCCACAUGGAACUCACCGUUUUGUAUCUUGUAUUUAUUGGAGAAGUUACAUGAUAUUGUGUCUCUUUAAAAAACCAAAUGCAAUUAAAAGAUUUAUUACUCUGUU